GACCUGGUAGAACCAAUGCUGGUCUCCGCACUCGAAUCCUAUUGGUUGAAUCAUUGCUUCAGCUGCCGGCUCGUGAUCGUGAACAUUGUAAACAACAACACGAAAUCCUGUAUCAGCAAACAUUCUCUGAAAAAGACUGCAUUACAAUUAAAAUUCUGGACCCAAGUUAAUACUAAAAUAAUCAUGUUCAAAAUUGUGGCCCUAAAUGAAGAGUCCUCCGAGGAAAGUGACGAGGAGGAAGUCCAGCAAGUAACCAGAGAAGCACAGGAGGACCAAGCGGUGUCACAAUACAAGGAGGCGCUUGAGCUGCAGAGGCAGGGGGAAGUUAACAAAUCUGCAGAUAUCUUGAGAGAGUUGCUAAGCACCAAUCUCUUGCAAGAGGUGGAAAAGUCAUCCAUCAAACAAUACCAACCACUUCUUGCCCUCAAAUAUGCUUGCUUAAAAAAUUUAGCCAAUCUCGAACUGAAGGCUGAAAACAAAAGUGAAGCCCUGGAUUAUUACCUCCAGGCUGUCCAGCUCGACGACACUGAUGUCUCUCUCCUGUACAAGGUUGGCUGUCUUGCAGAGCAGUUGAACAGAUUUGACUUGGCAGCUGUCUCUUUUCACGAGGGUCUGCAAUGUAGUCCAAAUCACUGGCUAUGUUUGGACAGGCUGAUCACAGUCCUUUAUGCCACAAAUGGCUAUUUGACAUGCCUUAGCUUUGUGGCAAAAGGGUUGCAGAAAGAUUCUGACUACACAAAGUGCCUGGUGCUGCGGGACGCCAUGCUGAAGGAAACGCCUUCCCUAGCCCAGCACUAUAAAGAAUACUUCCCCAAUCUGACGUUGUCCAUGGAGGGACAGGCUAAUGAGGAUGUGACUAAGGAAAUCUUGGAUGAAGCUAUUGAGAUGAGGAAAAGGUGGAGUGAAUCUGGGAAGAUCAAAGAAAGAGGCCCAAUUGGACUGACAAAGCCAAUAAGUUCCUUGACCUGGCUCAGCCUGGGGGAGGAGAUUCUCCGGCUUUACAAGUACAUAAAUGCUGAGGGAGUUGAUGCGAGCUCAAGCCAAAUGGUGGAUUUUGAGAAGAUCGAGGAGAUUGACGAGAGCUUCAAUUUUGAUGAUGAGGAAGAGGACAUGGAGGUUGAUGACAAAAAGCAAGACGAUGCAGAAGAAUUGGUCUCCAGUGGAAGCAAGAAAAACCAAAAGAGACUGUUUUUGGAAAAUUGGGUGCUGGGAGGUCAAAGGAGGUCGGCCAGAGUACGCACAACCACCAGAAAGGAUGAUGAUACACCUCUAGCCGAAUCCCUCAAGAGACUCAUUCCUAUGUCUCUGCUUCCUGACUGCCUGAAGGAAGGCGCGCCACGCUCGGCACUGGAUGAAAACUCGAUGGAUACCAUGGACAUGUUUAAAAUCUACGAGGAAAAGCAUCAGACUCCGUCCAAGGUGUCCACCAGAAGACCCUCUGCAAACACUGCAGCCUGCAUCGCUGAGAAUAUUGCAAAAGAGGAGUAUUUCGGCACAGAGAAAGAAAAGCAGGAAAUUUCUGAAUUCAUCGAAGAACACAAAAGCAACUGGGGCAUUUACAAUUUGGUCACAGACUUGGUCAAAACGCUGUCUGCAAAGAGCAUACUCACCUGGCCCCAUAAACUGGUCACAACUUGGAUUGAAUGCUACCAGAUCAUGAGGAAAUCCCUUGUGCAUGCCAGUCCCUUGGCACGAGAACUGAGUGACGAAGAGAUCGAAGCUGACGCUCGGCUCUCCUUCCUCCACUCGGAACUGCUCUCUGACAGACUGCGCCGCCAGAAAGGACAAUCUCCUCCGCUAAUUUUGCUUGAGGAUGUCGCCCAGGUGCAGCUCAUGACGUGCUGGACCCCUGAAGAGGCUCUCAGAGCGAACUGGGCUCGAGCGCAAGUGGCCAUGCUUCAGAAGAGCACCGAGUGGGCGUGCAGCUCCCUGCGUGCAGUCAUUGAGCAGCUGGAAGCUUUCCCUGAGGGCCUCUGCGUGGUCAACUGUAAAGGCAGCAUCAACAAGGAGGAGGCGGAACACCUGCUCUCUUCGCUUGAAUGCAGUGAGAGCUUAGCUGGCGCGGAACAGCUCUGGCGACUGGAGCAGUGGAAUCAACUGGCAGAGCUGCUUGAGGGCAGCUUUCAGAUGCAAAGCCAGUUUGAGUUGCGCUACCUGCAGCUGGAAAUGCUUGCUGACGCGUUGGUUCGAUUAGAAGAGCCUGGUCGGAGUUUCUUGUGGGGCGAAGCUGCCCUACACGAGUCAGUGAGCCACUACCUGAACAAUCAACAACCUCAGUGGGCCACCUGUAUAGAAAAACUGCUCGCUACCCUGGCAUACUGUCUCGAGGAGUAUGGCUUAGAGGCCACCAUCGGCAGUUUGCCCAGCGGCAGACUCUCUAGGCUUUUCCAGGACCUCUGCCAGAUCGUGUGUGCGCAGCUUGAGACUUCAGAUAUGGUCAUGCCCAUCGAGAGCGUUGACCCUUGGAUUCUGCUGCAGCAAAUUCUGGUACACGAAGAGAAAAAUUGGUCCAAAGCUGAGUUGCAGGUUCUUGCAGAGGAUGAGGAAGUAAAUGAAAUACCAGCCUCACUCUCUGUUGUCUUUGUUGCCCACGAACACCUUGGUCGGCGUUCUUGGUGUUGCGCAGACGAUGGCUCGCUCUUGCUAUUUGCGCUUGAGCAAAUCGUCCCAAAGCUUCGCAGCGAAGAGUUUGCCCCGUUCCGCUCAAAACUGUCUCCGUACAUUGAGCAAAUGUUCUACUGUCUCUAUGAGUAUCCAGCAGCCAACAAAAAGCCCAAAGGACGGUCCGCCCUUCAAGAGCAUUCAGUUCCCCAUAUAGAAUUAACCUUUGAAAGGGCUCAGUUGCUUUUCGAGUUUUACCGGCCAGACGAGUUGCCUGAAUUUGACGCGUACCGCGGCAGCUCAAUCAGCGCCGAUGCCGAAGUCUUGUUCAAGAAAAUCAUUUCACUUGUGCCUUCAGCGUGCAAUCCACAGAAGACUCUCGAGAACCUGCGCCUGUUUGUUGAGGGCAAACUGGACAAGUUCCCUAAGAUAGAGCACGAGCCUCUGCCUGAAGCACUGAAGGACAUCCAUUACUUGCUGGCAGAUUACUACUUUAAGAACAAUGAACUUCCCAAGGCGGUCAAGUACUACAUGUUGGACCUUUGCUACAACCCCCAUAGGCUUGACACAUGGGCGGGAAUGGCCCUGGCCAGAGGCAGCCACCUUGAGACUCAGCUCAACUCCUGCAAUUCAAUCAACGAGACUGAUUUCAUCAGCAGGGCUGAAAAAGCGGAGAAUUGUUUUGAGCAAACGAUGGUGUUGUCUGCGGGCAGUCACACCGUGAUCUGUAUAGAGUACGGAUCCUUCGUUUACAUGGUCCACUCCUUCUGCUCGCGUCUUCUGAAGCAAGCCACCGACACCCUGAGCAUAGAGCAGUUUGAAGUGCUGGAGGCUAAAAAGGGAUCCACGCUGGAUAAAGCCGAGUCUUGCUUCCGCAAGGCUUUAGCUUCCUGGACGCAGGGCUCCGAAAACGACCAGGACGAGCGCUGGCUGCACCACUACAUGUUGGGCAAGGUCAGCGAGAAGCGCCACAAUGAACCCUGGCAGGCGCUGAUGCAGUACAGACGGUCUGCACACCUCCUUGCAGAACACUGUUCUGCCUUCCCCGCCAAGAUCAGCUACACUACUCCCUCCGAACUGAGCAUCGAGGCUCUCGAGAUCCGCUACCGCAUUCACACUUGCCUCCUCAAACACCUUGAGACAUAUGAAGGAAAAACACUGCCAGACGAGAAACAGAUCAGACAAAUCCUGCUUGAGCAGAAAAGAGGUCCCUUUAGCUCUGAUGGCGGGGAGUCAGCGUCUGCUCUAAAGAGGAAAUUGGAAUCUGAGAAUGAUGAUCCUGUGAAAAAGGCGAAGAAUGACGAGAGCACAGUCAUAAGCACAGUCGAGCAAGCCCAGCCAGCAAACACCGACGAUGAGCCUGCAAGGAGGGUUUCCCAGGAGAGUACCACAACCACCACUACAACAACUACCUCUACAUCAACAUCUAGUUCGUCCUCCUCCAGUGACGACAGCAGCAGCUCCAGCAGCGACGAUGGAAAGGAAGAUAAAGAUGUGCCCCCUCCGAAAGUUGUGGAAGAGCCGUUUGACCCUAAGAAAGACCACGCUGAGCUAGCUGACAUGUGCCUGGAGGCCCUAGAAGAUUGUGCCGUACGGUUCCCAGAGCACUACAAGUCAACGUACCGAUUGGCCCACUACUUCUUUAAGUCUAAACUUAGAAAGAAUACAGAGAAGUGCAAAAGCUUUCUUCUCGGACCUCACACCAAUACCAAACUUCACGGCCUCUUCCAGGACAGAAAACCCAGCAACUUUUUUAACGGUGUGUGGAGAAUUCCUGUCAACGAAAUUGACAGGCCUGGCUGCUUUGCCUCUCACAUGUAUCGCUCGAUGGUUUUGUCCAUGGAGCUUGUAAAAGAGAUCAAGGAAUACAAAAUGCUCGUGGACAUGAGUCUGAUGCUUAAAAGAACUCCUGACCCUGACAAGAAAUACCUGCGGGACAAUGAGAGGAAAGACUUAUGUGAGCAGGCGCUGCUGCUGGCCGUUCAAGUGAUCAGGCAAAUCAUGAAGGACAGCAAACCUGAGGAAAUGCCCUCGCUCAUUGUUGAUAUCUACAAACUGAUGCAGAAGGUCCAAAGAACCCAGCUAACCAAGGAGCCACCACAGUCGUUUGGCAAACUUCUAUGCGAUGCUUACUCCCUGCAUCUUCUUGGAAAGAUUGAUGGUAAAGCCACUACAGUCGACUCGGCCACCAAAUUUGCACAACAAGAACUGGCGCGUGCUAAGUUAGCGGCAAGAGCAGCAGAAGUAUCGUCAGUGGCUGCUUCAAAUUCCAGUGCAUCUGUUUCUGAUACAAAUACAACUCCAGCGACAGCAGCAACUUCAAUUGCAAUGCCUCAGCCCGCUCGAAAACUGCCAUCAAUGCCUGGAACAUCCCGUCGAGGCCGGCCACCCCUGAGCCGACCUCCUGGCUCAACUCCUGCUGGUCGCGGUAGGGCGAAGUCCAACCCAUACUCCAACUUGUUCCCCUAUAACCAGCUGGACCCGGCCUCUCUGAACUACUUGCAGAACGAGUUUAUGCUCAAGAUGAUGCAGGGAUAUUCGGCUGCGUUUUCGCAAGUCCCUGGAAUGCAGAAUUUAGUGUCGGCCGCUGCGGCCACAGCCUCCUUGCCUACUGCUCCUUCGACGUCGACCUCAAUGGCGCAGAACCGUUCCAUGCACAAAAUAACCAAGUGCAGGCCGAGCCUUUCUGUUACUCCAGUGACUCCUGAGAGACCGAAACCGCCGCCACUUCCGAAGCACAACACCCAGAAGACUGUGAAGAAACUUUUGGAGCAGAGCAGGAAGAUGCUGGAGACGGCCAGCAGGAUGCAGCAAUCUCCCAGGAAACAGUCUCCUCUGCCCAAUCUGCCCCCGGGCAUUGUGGCCUCCGCCAUCACCCCGAAACCAAGCAUGUCGUCCAUGAUGCCCAAGAAGCCCAAAAUGGACAUGCCGGUGACCCUGACCAAAAUCCCUUCAGUCAAUACAGGGCAAAACUCGCCGAUAUCCCUGGUGAAGCCGCGGCUGCCCUCCUCUCCGGCCGAACUGAUCAGGAGCAACCCGCCGCCAGCGCCAAAAGGAUACACUCCCAGACCGUCGCCGCCAGUCUCGCAACCAUGGCAACCAAAGGCCAAUCUGCAGCGGCACUUGCCCCCAAAGAAGCAGAUGAUGGGCUCCUCGAUGCUCGGCCGGCCUUUGGCGGCCCCGAUGCCCCAGAAGUCCACGCUGCCCAGACCCCAACCAGCCCACAUGGCCUCCAGAGCGCCCACUGUCUUCAGCUCGGGCGGCAAGGACUUCCGCUUCCCGAGCGACAUCUCAGUAUCGCCGUCAGUGAUCCAGCACACCAAGCAGCAUCAGCAGUUCAACUUGCCCAGCUCGAUUUCGGUGACGCCCGCGGGGCCCAGUCAACCGCCUAAACCCCCAAAACCGUCUCCGCAGCCGCCGAAAGAGCAGCAGAAGCGGAAGCUCUCAGAUGACAUCAUCAUUCUUGACUGACCCAACGACAACCCAUCUAGGAUAUUAUCAAACAAGUACAAUCUAUAAUUUCCUAGUCCUUAUCGUGUGUUCAAAAUGUGAUGAUGUAAUGUU